CAAAAAACCUUUAAAUACCGCCUAUUAUAGGAAAAACGAAACCUAAAGGUGGGCUAACUCGCGAAAUUCAGAGCACUCUACAGCUCAACAAUCUUCCGUCUUUCCGUUCAGGGAUAUGGCUUUUUAUCAGCAGUCACCUUUUUACAACCCGAUAAUCCCAUUCACUGGGUCAAUCCAAGGUGGUCUGCAGGAGGGGAAGUCUAUCACUGUCAGUGGACGUGUCGUACCUGGGGCUGACAGGUUCCAUGUGAAUCUACAGUGUGGUUCCAUGGCUGGUGCGAACAUUGCUAUCCACAUUAACCCACGCUAUGAAAGUCAGCAUUAUGUGGUGACCAACACUUUCCAGAAUGGGAGCUGGGGCACUGAAGAGAGGAAGUACAAUUCCCCAUUUCCUGCUGGGUCCUCUUUCACUCUUGUCAUUGCUGUCACCCGGGACUUCUACCAGCUCAGCAUCAAUGGCUGCUACUUUAUGGAGUACAGACAUCGCCUGCCAUUUCACCAGGUUGACACCAUCUCAGUGGGUGGAAAAGUGGAAAUUUCUUCCAUUGCUUUUCAGAACCCUGUGUCAGCUUUUCCUGCUCAGCCUGCGUUUGCUCCACAAUUAGGCUUUCAACCCCAGCCCGGAUUCCCAGCACAGCCCGGAUUCCCAGCACAGCCUGGAUUUCCUCCUGUAACACCAGUGGUUCCAUACAGGUCUGCCAUCAGUGGUGGACUAAGACCUGGCAGGACCAUCACCAUCCAGGGAACUGUAUACCCAAGUGCCACAAGGUUCACUGUGAAUCUUAGCCACCAGUCUGGCAUCGCUCUGCAUUACAACCCACGUUUCAAUGAGAAUGUCGUGGUGCGAAAUACCAAGCAGUGGGAUCAGUGGGGCUCCGAGGAGCGUGGUGGUGCCAUGCCUUUCCACCGGGGUCAGCCUUUCACGUUGACUAUAAGUUGUGAAGCUCACUCCUUCCGAAUUGUGGCCAAUGGGAUGCAGACCCAUACUUACAAGUAUCGUUUCAACCCCCUGCAUGCCGUUACCUCCCUGGAGAUUGACGGUGACAUCAGCCUGACCUCUGUGAUUGUGUAGAGAUGCAGGACCCUGUUGCUGUUGGCAGCAUUUUGCAGCAUUUCCCUAACUAUAGCCACAGUAAUUACCCAUUAAUUGGAAGUUUGUGCUAACUGCUUAGUUUGAUUAUAUAAUGUACAAAGUAUAAUCAACAUCUCUGCAUUCAUUUUAUAAUCGCCUGAUUCUAUAAUAUUGUAUGCUCUAUAUUUCUGAAACAUGGUCACUCUUGAAAGAAACAACCAUUAUUGGUUAUCAGGGACGCCUAAUUUACACACAUACAUUCUGUCCAAUGAAGGCAAAAAAAGAGUAAACAUUUUAAGCAAAUGUAACACUGUCUAGUUGGAAGUUGGAUUUGUCACCAGUAUUGUAAACUUGACCCAUGUUCAAUCAUUUUCUUAGUUGAGUUCAGAAGCUUUUACAGUCAUUGGUCUGGUGACACAGAAAGCUAGACAAACACAUCCAUAGGUAAUUUCGAAUCACAAAUUAACCCACAAUGGAUGAAUAACCGCUGCACCACUAAACUCAGGUGGUGCCUGAGUAGUUGAUUUUCUUCCCAUACUGUAAUUUUUAUAUUUUAUUUCUUAUCAUUCUGCACUUAGAUCAUUACUAGCCAAUCUCUAUAAUAUUCUUUACUGCAUUUCACAUGAAAAUGUAGGGUGGUCUUUUCUGUCUAAAAGAACUGCUGCUUAUGUUAAUGUUUAUCUCUAUGAUGUUUGUUGGCAAGCUGCCAUUUUUCAAUACUGUGCUCGACAGUUUCCCUGAGCCAUAUCCAACUUAUUUCAGUUACUUUUCCAACACUGCAAGGUCUAUACUGAGCCUCUGUUAGUUUCUUUAUUCCAGCUAUAGAGUACAUAUAAGACCGACAUAACCGCAGUAAGCAACAGGUUGGUGGUGUCUUAUUAUGAAGCUUUGUUGUUGUCAUCUUGAUAUUUUAAUGAAUAAGGACAAAGAAAUCUGUCAACAUACCAGGUCAUGGUAUUUAUGCAAGCCACCAGGCUGCUUUUUAAAGCCACUUUGUGGGCUAACCCACUGCUUUGAGGGCUGUCAAAACAUUAGAUAUUGCAUUGAUCCACAUGAUGCCACGUCAUUAAGACUCUGAUGUUGUUGGGAGUGCAGACUUUUGGUGGGAGUUUGAAUAUAGCCUGAUAAUGUGAGUUUCCACCGACAGUUAUUAGAUCGCUUUUACUUAUAUUUUCAACUUUAAUAUUUCUUUUAUUACAAGCUGAUGUGUGAUGUAAGUGCUGCAUAAAAAUAAAUAAAUGAUUGCAAUGAGCACAACA